CAACUGUGGCUGCACUAUCCCACGUUCACACACACGUCUUGUACCCUUCAUACACACAUUUUGUCUUCUUCCCUGAGCCAUGUCGUCGUCCUCUUUCUCCUUCCCCGUCCUCAGGGACACCUUGCCCGCCGACCACACCAUCCCGUCCUUCAUGGUCUCGACCACGCGUGGUUUCCUGCCCCGUCAGGACCCCAUCGCCAAGCUGCCGGCCGACUUCGACGCGCUGGAGUCGCUGCUGUCGCGCAUGCCCAUCCGCACCCUGUCCGGUGCACCGGGACUGCUGGCUAGCUGCAGCCUUGGCGCCGCCGUCAACAAAGAACUGCCGGACCUGAGUGGCGCCAUUGAGAAGUAUCAUGACGACAAGGUCCUGAUGAAUGCCCUGUACAGGGACUACAGCUUCUUGGCUAGUGCCUAUCUCCUCGAGCCAUGCCAUGAACGGUUCAUGCGUGGUGAGCAGUACGGAUUGGGCAGAGACGUGUUGCCGAGCGUCAUUGCCAAGCCGAUUGUUAAAGUGGCUGAGAUCGCGGGCUUCAAGCCUUUCAUGGAGUACGCGGGAUCCUAUGCUCUGUUCAACUACCGCUUGGAGAACCCGGCAGUGGGUCUGGAGUAUGACAACCUCAGGCUUGUUCGCGCGUUUGAACUAGGCUUGGACCCGACAUCGUCGGAGGCGGGCUUCGUGCUUGUGCAUAUUGCCAUGGUGAAGAAUUCCGGCGCUCUUGUUUCUGGUGCUGUCCAAUCACUUAAUGGAACCCUUGGGCAUGACCGUGAAUCAUUCAAUACCGGCAUGGCCGAAGUUGUAGCUUCCCUGGAAAAGAUCAACAAAGUCAUGAACACCAUGUGGACCAAGAGCAAGCCUAACGGCUACACCAGCUUCCGCACAUUCAUCUUCGGCAUUACAAGCCAAAGUAUGUUCCCGAACGGCGUCGUCUACGAAGGCGUAAGCGAAGAGCCAAUGUCCUUCCGCGGCGAGUCCGGCGCCAACGACAGCAUGAUCCCACUCUGCGACAACCUGCUCCAGAUUUCCAUGCCGGCAACGCCGCUCACGGAAAUUCUGCAGGACUUCCGCUCCUACCGGCCAGGCAACCACCGCGAGUUCUUGGAAGCAGUGAAGGAUUGCUCCAACGAGGCGGGUCUCAAGGCCUUCGCGAUGGAGGACCCGACGUCGGCGAAUUUGUACCUCAAGGCGCUUAACCAGGUCAGGGAUUUCAGGUGGAGGCACUGGUGCUUCACGAGGGAGUAUAUCCUUAAGAACACUAGCCAUCCCACAGCGACUGGAGGAAGCCCAAUCGUGACGUGGCUGCCAAACCAGCUUCAAGCUGUGCUGGGCCAGAUGAAGGAGGUGGCCACGCACUGUAGUGCUGUGUCAGGGACCGAGGACAUCAUGGAUGUUGUGCGGUCGCAGCAAGAGACGCUGACGAAAGAAGUCGCCAAGUACUGUGCGGAGAGGAAUGUAGCAUAAGAAACUGCUUAGUGAAGAGAAUAAGUAUUUCAGCAAAUUGAAACUCAACGAAGGAAAUGACGGAGGUGUUCUGCAGCGUGUAUCUAGACUG